AUUUCUAAUUGUAUCAGCUGGACAAUUAACAGUCGUGUGAAUUUACAAAAAGUUACAUAUUGCAAAUUUUUCGAAAACUUAGAUUGGUGUUUAUAUUCAUUAUAUUUGUGAAAGGGCCAUUGCCUUCUGUUUGAUAUAAAGGCAACACGCAAACGCACAAAACGGCAACAACAUACAUAUAUACAGACGUAUGUAUGUAUAACAACUGCAGUAGUACGAGUCAAACGUUGCAAAAAGUAGAAAAACUUGUAUUUGCUUAAAAAUCUAACAAGUGUUGUUUUUCCCCUACCCCAACAAAAUCCUCUCACUACAAUCUAAAUUGUAUGGUAUUUCCUAAUAAUACACAUACAAGCGUCAUCAGUUUCUGAUUUUUACUUGUAAUUUUAAUCUAUCGGUGUUCGGACACAGUGGCGAAUUCAGUAAAACAGUGUAUCAACAUGGUCGGUCGAGUACUGGUCUAUGGCGGCAAAGGCGCUUUGGGCUCUGCCUGUGUUUCCCACUUCAAAUCAAACAACUACUGGGUUGGUAGUAUUGAUCUCAGCGUAAAUGAAGAAGCGGACGCAAGCAUCGUGUUACCCCGUGAACUUAGUUGGGAACAACAAGAGGCUGAAGUGUUAACAAAGGUCGGCGAUGCUUUAAACGAUGAAAAAUUGGAUGCUGUAAUUUGUGUUGCAGGCGGUUGGGCGGGUGGUAAUGCCUCCAAGGAUUUGGCCAAAAAUGCUGAUUUAAUGUGGCGCCAAAGUGUUUGGACGUCAACUAUUUCGGCUGCUGUCGCUUCCAAAUACCUAAAAGAUGGCGGCUUAUUAACACUGACCGGCGCGCAACCAGCGUUACAAGGCACAUCCGGCAUGAUCGGUUAUGGUAUGGCCAAGGCUGCUGUCCAUCAGCUAACACGUUCACUGGCUGGGAAAAAUUCUGGUUUACCCACUGAUGCCAUCGCAGUUGCAAUCUUGCCAGUUACUUUGGAUACACCAAUGAAUCGCAAAUGGAUGCCAAAGGCAGAUUUUGGUUCAUGGACACCUUUAGCUGAAGUUGCCGGACUUUUCCAUAAAUGGACUCAAGGCAAGGAGCGGCCAAACUCUGGUGCCCUAGUACAAUUAAUCACUAAGGAUGGUGUUACACAAUUGGUAGAAGCUAACUAAAUAUUGGCAUGCAUUAUGGGAAACCGUCAAAAUCCGACUCGUGAACGUUAGGGAAAUAAGCAUAUGAUACAAACGUACAUACAUACAUAUAUAUAUUUAUUGAUUAACAGAUUGCAAAUUAUAGAAAAUAAUAAAUAUGAAUUCCAAAAGUUUGAA